AUGACAUUGGUUGUAAUGGUGAGGUGUUACCUGCUUUGUUUACUAACUCUUGCACUGUGUUGUGCUUGUGGGUUAGUAUGGGCUGAUAAUCCACAAGCUUCAAAUACCCUUAUUAAAACAUCAAUUGUUGGUGUUCCGUCUCUUGUUCGUCGUGCUGUUCCUGCGCUUCUUCUCACGACUAAGUGUAACGAAGACGAUGAAGAGGAAGGUGAGGAGGAUGUUGACGAAACUCAUUUAAAGGAGGAUGAAAAAGAGAAGGAUAAAGACAAGAAGGAAGCUGUUGAACAUUCUGGCUCUGGUGGUGCUUCUUGCCCUUCCGAUACUCAUUGUAGAAAUUGUGCCUCUGGUGGUCACGCUGCUUCUCAUUCUCUCACUGCAAAUUCUCCUACUGGUAGUGAGAGUCUUCAGCGUGGCCAACUCCAACAACCACCUCAUUCUCCUCCACAUCCUCUGCAGGAAGCUGAACAAGUUGUCCCUUGCACUCCUAAUUCUUCUGCAUCUUGUCCUCUGCCUAAACCGCCAGAAAAACCCGAUCCAUCUGUACUGAAAGAACCUGAACCUAACGCUCCUCAUGGUUCUGUGGAGGCACGUCCUGUUGAGGACAAACCCGGUACUCCUGCUACUGAUGAUGAUGCCUCAACCGGUAUUUCGAAGGAAGAACGUCAACGUAAGAAUGGUGAUAAAGGUGAAGUCGAUGUUGCUGCUCCAGCACCUGAAGCUGAAGGUACAACUGGACGGGGGAGCAACAGUACCACAGAUAACCAGGGAACUGCGGGAAAACAACCU